CUUUCGACCCAUAACAAUCACGCCACUAUGAACGACUGGCUAUUGACUGUAGUUUCUAGAUCUAGUCGGUUGGAGAAAGAUCAGCUGUUUCAAGGAUAAGCUUAGAAAUUUAAAAAAAAUUAAUCUAGAUUACAUUUUAGUCUAGUUUUAAAGUAUUAGGCUAGAUCUAUCUUUUUAAGGCAAAAUCUAAAUGAUACAAUUUAGAUCUAGGGUUAUACCUAGUUAGUAUGUUAUAUUUAAUAAAUUAAAGUUAGUGUUAAAAACUUGACAUUUUGUGACGGUAUUGGAUAAUUGGCUGGCAAAUUUCAAAAUUUUGCCAGUGUGGCCAGUGGUAUUAGAAUUUAAUACAAUUUAAAAGUAAAAGCAGUCAUAAUGGCUCCUCGCAAUGCAUCAGAAAAUGCAGACUAUGAAGGAGAUCGUCUAGGUUUAGACCAAGUGGAAGCUCUAGUAGCUGAAACAAAUCCAAGUCCAAAGCGACCACCUCGUGUUAUUGUGAUGCGCAAUGUUAUCUUGUUCAUUAUUCUUCAUCUUAGUGCAGUAUAUUCCUUGUUUCUUUUGCCAAAGGCCAUGUAUGCAACUCUUCUUUGGACUGCACUGAUGUAUUAUUUUGCAGCCAUGGGUAUAACUGCAGGAGCACACAGACUCUGGUCACAUAGAUCAUAUAAAGGGAAGCUUCCUUUGAGAAUUUUUCUGGCAAUCUGUAAUUGUAUUUCUUUUCAAAACUCAAUUUUUGAAUGGGCUCGUGACCACCGUGCUCACCAUAAAUUCUCAGAAACUGAUGCUGAUCCACAUAAUGCUAAGAGAGGAUUUUUUUUUGCUCACAUUGGAUGGCUGCUUGUAAAAAAACACCCAGAUGUCAAAGAAAAAGGAAAAAUGAUUGACUUGUCAGAUUUGACAAAUGAUCCAGUUGUCGUUUUUCAAGACAGACAUUAUAAGAAACUUAUUCUUCUGUUUUGCUUCAUACUGCCAACGUUUGUGCCAGUUUACUUCUGGGGAGAGAGCUUUCACAUUGCCUUCUAUAUAGCUGCCAUCCUGCGCUACACUCUAGUACUUAAUGCUACAUGGCUUGUCAACAGUGCAGCUCAUAUGUGGGGUCAAAGACCUUAUGAUGAAAGAAUCAACCCAGCAGAAAAUCUUGGUGUAGCAUUUUGUGCUACAGGAGAAGGUUUCCACAACUACCACCAUGUGUUUCCUCAUGAUUAUUCUACCAGUGAGUAUGGCUGGCAUUUCAACCUGACCACCAUGUUCAUUGACACCAUGUAUUUCCUUGGGCAAGCUUAUGACAGACGCAAAAUUCCAAUGGAUGUUAUCAUGAAGAGGAAAUUGAGAACUGGUGAUGGAUCAAGGCGUUAACUGUAGACAUAGUCAAUCUUGUAUUAAAGUUUAAAAUUAAAUGAUUGUCCCUAUAGAGGUGGGCAUUACAUUUUCAAAAGUCCUCCACCUUGUAGCCCUAAAGAUUUACAGUUUCUCAGGUAGUAUUUAUUUCUGCUGCUUUCACCCAUUUAAAUAUACACACCUGAAGAUUCCUUUAUUUUGCCCAUCCAGUAGAUGUAUUAUGAAAAUUGUGCUUUUAAGUGGAAGAAAUAUUUUGGAUUGCUACAACACAUUCAAAAUACAAUUUGACCUUUUUUUUUUUUUUUCCUUUGCUUUUCUUUUUGCAAAUGUUUGCUUGUAAUUGAAAUAGCUUAACAUUAGUCAUACAUACACAACUAAUGUAUAGUAUUGAUAGUUUUGCUACAAUGAAGUGGAGACGACACCUAAUGUUUUGUUACACAUUGAGUUCCAGGAGACAUUUAAGUAAAGGAUAGCAUUUUAUUGUGUACACCCUUUUGGUGUAGCAUUUGUCUAGUUUUGGUUUAGGUUGGCUUGGAUCUUGUAGUGCAGAUGUAGCCUACAAACUAAAACUUUAGUUCUUUAAAGUUUGACACAUUCAUGUGAACACUUCAUCAAUUGUAUGUCCUGUAUUAACUUUCCAAUAAAACACUUAAAUGAGGCA